UAUGCAUUUCGCAGACACGACAGACUCUUUGAAAUCAUUUUGCAAGCAAACGUUGCUGCAUGCAUUUCGUGUGUCGCUUAUGUUGGCCGUAUAACAUUUUUAAUUCGGAACAUUUUUCAUAAUAACUCGCGCAAAAAUAAAAGAAUUUUCAUAAAGGAAUAAGCAGAGAAGAAUUUUUAAUUAAAAAAAAACUGUUUUCGUUUUACUCGGGUUUUGUUUGCAGAAGUGGACCGAAAUUUAUGAUUUAAUGUUGUGGUAAAAACUCAUAACAAUUUUUCGUUAUUAAAGUGAAAAUGAAUUUUUAAGCAAUUUACUUUGUGAAUAAACAGAAGAAAAAAAAGUGGAAAAUGUUUUUCAAAGUGACAUGGCUUACAGUCAUGGUUUUGUUAAUAAUACCGGAAAAGGAUAUGGCAAAAGCUCAAAAUACGGAUUUAACAAGUGCAGAAAGUAGAGCAUGGCGACGGUCUGACAUCUUGGAUCCCGACGUACCAACGAAUAUGCAACCUCCCGAAGAGUUUAAUCAAGAACCGAUGCGCAGGAGACGACGUAAACGUAAGCGCCGUCCCCAACCGCAGGAGCCCAACUAUCAGUUAGGUGACGCUGAACGGACGAAUUACUGGCAUGGUGAAAUGGAAGAUGAAUCCGAUCACGAAAAUGGUGGAAUCACGGUGUCGGUGAAUGGUGUUCGAGGAAUUCAGAAUAUAAACACUGAGGUGUGGCACAAUGAAAACGAACGAACGAGAAUCAACAAUCCGAAUAAAAGCGAAUUCGUUCAGGAGAUGGUUAUGCAAGUAGCUGAUAAUGUCAAACCAGAUGAUGCAACAAAUAAGUCUUAUAGGAAACCGUAUGUAGUGCCAAAAAAAGAUGACGAAAAAGACGGUGAGAGUCCGGCGAGUGAUUUGAAGAAUCUGUUGAAAAACUCGGGAGGACUGAGUUUGAGUGAAAUUUUACAGAAGCAAAACUUAUCGUUGGAUGAUUUGUUGAAAGGAAAACAGAAUGCAUUUAAAGUACUUCAAAACACUGCAGCUCCGGCUCCAACUGAGAACGCAGAAUCGAAAGGAGUGCGACGUAUACCUGCCAUUAAAAGACCAUUUAGUACUGUCGCUUCUAUAGAACAAGUCGAUUCAAAUUUACCCAGCCCUAGUAACGAUAACAAACAAAUUAAACGAAUUCCGAACUUCAUCAGAGCCAGACCCGAUGCGAUCGAAGAAAACAAGGAGUCGGCUGUCACACUAUCAAAAUUUAUGGUACCACCAAGUCCAACAAGUAAUUUAAAUCCGGCAACGUCAACCAAACCCAGCAUUCGGGAAACAGUUACAAUCGCUGCAAAUGUACGAGGCAUAUCUGCUGUGAGACGACUACCAGCUAGUAAUGUCAGCGAAAAGACAAAGCCAAUCAAGGAAGUUGUGUCCAGAAUACGGCCGGACUUGAGCAAUUCUAACAGUAGACGAAGACUACUUCCCAUUCAGUUUCGAUCGAAUCCAGUAAAUACAACAGUCCCGACGAAUACUCGCCAGGAUUCGAAAGUACGACUGCCGCUUCGAUAUGGAAAUGCUCCAAAAGUAGGAUCCAAAACCAAAAUUAAUGACGAACUGCCAAACGAUGCCAUCGAGUCGUCUACAACGGAAUUUGAAGUAGUUACGUCUACAUCAACACCAUUGUUUACCUCAUCAUCGACAACAACGAGUCUACCGGUAUCACAAGUAACAACGGAAGUGGUUAAAGAUAUCGUUAAAUCAAGACUAGCCCUGAAACCUCGACUUAAGAUUCCACACUUGUUGCCUAAUCCCACGACAGCUACAACAACGACUACAACGAUGACACCGACGACAACGACGACGACGACUACCACUACCGAAGCUCCAACGAAUGCUGAUUCGACAGAAAUCAGCAGCAUAGAACAAUCUAGUUCUGAAACGGAAAUGACUACAGUUUCCUCUAUCGACGAAAUCUUAUCGGAAGAUGAAGAAGAAAAACUGCUGUUCAGUUCUGAAGAAGAGUUUAAAGAGAUUCUCGACCAGUCAGAACCAGAAAUAAACUCAAUUCUGGAAGAAUUCGCUCUUUACAACGGUCGAAAGUCAGUUGUUCCAAUCGAAGAUUUAUUUGAGGACUCGCAGGGAGUUGAAGCGGAUACUUUUCGUACAUUCACUUCCAGAUCGGAUAAAAUGGCUAUAACUGAUAGAACGAUCGACUUUCAGAAAGAUUCUGUGAAGUAUCAACAAGAUAAUUCCAGAAGCAUUAACGGUAAGGUCGAUGUAACCGAACGUAAUCCCUCUCUAUUUAAUGACAUAACGUCAAUGCGAACCACUGAUGAUAAAACUGAUAUUUUGGAAUUACUGGAUGAUAGAAGGGGUGGGGCGAGAUUAACUAAAGUCUUAGAACAACGAAACAUGACGUUGGAGGAGCUGCUUGAACAUAGAAAACGAGGAUCAAGUCAAUUGCAUCUUGCAGAAAUUGUCAACAAUAAAACAAGACCUCUGACCAACGUACAUGCAGCUGACAAACUAGACAUCGUUGCUGCUUUCGAAAACUUUCCCAAUUUCAAUUUACCGAACAUAAAAAGUGUUAGACCCGAUGACGUUCGAACCGAUUCAGAUGGGGCCAGCUAUUUUACGUCAAUUAUCAACAUCAAGCCAACCGACGAAAUUUCAAAGGAAGGACGAUCACUCAAACGAGAUGAUUUUCCCAAGCAAAUGCCGCCGACGGGUGGUCAUUUUAACCCGUGGAAAACGAUAAAUUAUCCAUCGCAAGAUGUCAAUUACAUCGAUACGGCCAAGAAAAACAUCAUAUCCUCGUCACGAAUAUCACCAUUUGACAACGAAGUGGAACAGAUUGAAAAUGAGGUCGCCCGGUCUCAUGACUUUGUCGAUUUAGAAUUGUCCGGUCAUGGCUUCAAACCGAAUUCAGUUUCAAUUGAAACAGCAUCGAUGCCAGUUGGCGUUCGGUCGGCUAUUAUAGCCAGUGCCAGUAUUGUUGGCAUCUGUUUGAUAAUUUUCAUUUUAAUAUUUGCAACCUGUCGAUGGAGACAAAAGCAGCGGAAAAAGCUCAACUAUUCGGAGAAUUUUCAGACCGUACGAGGCCGACUUCCUAUACUAGCGCGCAAUUCCACAUCAUCGUCGUCGACAACGAAACGCAGUUCCAGUCCGAAUAUUUUCACAACGACGGGUUCGCGCUCCAGUAAAUUGAACACAAUGGACCCGAAUUCACCGGAAGUACAGGAAUAUUUGUACGAUGCGAUGAGAAAGUCGUUUCGAUAAAUCGGAAUGGAAGCGGGUGUUGGGUGGAUUUUUUUUUGUGGCAACGGCUGUUGCAAUUUUGAAUCUAUGUGCAAUAAACAUUUAGACUGUCGAAAUGUUGUGAAAUGUGUUUACGUUAAGUAUAUUCUACGUGUAAGUUGAUGUAAUAUUUAUUGUCGUUCAAAUAAACGGAAAAGAUAUUAAAGUCUGA